AUGGUUGAACAAAAAAAGGGACUGGAGGUGUCUGAACUCAAGAAACAGUUAGAAGUUGCUCGACAAAAGGGGAUUACUGUUCGGAAAUUGGUUGCAAUUAAUCCGGGCAACCCAACAGGGCUGAGGUUCUUGCUGAAGAAAACCAACGACAAAUUGUGGAAUUUUGCAAGAAAGAAGACAGAAGAUUCAUCCAUGGAUGAGUGCUUUAUUCAUGGUCUUAACAGGAGAAGUGGGAUCAACUUAAUUCAUAAUGUUGUUUACAAUUGUGGAUCAAAACACAUAAACUAUAGUGGCUUAUUGGAAAGGGGUGAUGAAAUGAUCUGUGCUGCAUCCGUCAGAUGGUCCAUAAUGGUCAACACAGAUGUUCAAAGAAUGAAAAUCGCAGAAGAGAAGACAAUUUCUGAACACCAGUUCCUAAACACGGAAUCGGAAUCCAAUUCCAUUCCGACCGUUCUAUCGGAUGCAAGAUAUGAAGUAAUGGAGAAGAUUUAUGCAGAAAUGCAAAAUUUGAGAGGAAAUUUAGAAUUAUCGUACAUUAUACUUUGA